ACACACACUAAGAAGAAAAACAAAUCAAAUUAUUUACCGGAAAGAUGAACCAAGAAGAACAAGUUCAGCUCUUGGGGUUAUGGGGAAGUCCUUUUAGCAAAAGAGUAGAGAUGGUCCUGAAACUUAAGGGCAUACCUUAUGAAUAUAUUGAAGAAGAUGUUUAUGUUCAGAAGAGCCCUAUGCUUCUCAAAUUGAACCCUAUCCACAGAAAAGUCCCUGUCCUCGUCCACCAAGGCAAAUCGAUAGCUGAGUCUCUGGUGAUUGUCGAAUACAUUGAAGAUACUUGGAAGACAAGUUACCCAAUCUUGCCUCACGAUCCUUAUGAACGUUCCAUGGCCCGUUUUUGGGCUAAGUAUGUGGAUGACAAGGUAAUGUUAACAUUGUGGAAGGCUUGUUUGGGACCAGAAAGCGAAAGAGAGAAGAUGGUUGAAGAAGCUUAUGAGGGUUUGAAAUGUCUCGAAAAAGAGCUUGGAGACAAACAGUUUUUUGGAGGAGAGACAAUUGGAUUUAUUGAUAUAGCCGCUGACUUCAUAGCGUAUUGGUUUGGGAUUGCGCAAGAAGCUUCAGGUGUCAUGAUCAUGACCGGAGAGAAGUUUCCAAAACUACAACGUUGGUCAGAAAAUUUCGUUGGGAAUAGUAUUAUUAAGGAAGUCUUGCCGCCAAAGCAGAAGCUCCUGGCUCUUUUCAAAGCCCAGUUUGGAAAUGACCCAUCUAAAUAAACGUAAUAAGACAAAGACUAUCUUACUUUAUGAAAAGUAUGUAUGUUAUAUAAUCUACAAAGUCUGCAGUUUGUUUUACCAAAAAUAAGAAAGUCUUGAUGUCUGUAUGUUUGUCUUUGUUUUUAUUUACGUGUCUUCUUUGUUUAAAGUUUAUAAAUCUCUAGAAUGGUUAUUUUUAGAUGGAACUUUCAAAUAAAAUAUGAAAAAUGUUUAGCAGAAGUAUUUUUUUGUAAAGAAAUGUGUACUCAUCCGGUUGGUAGGCAUUACGCAAAC